AUGGAAGGCAACAAUGCUUAUCUUCCCCAUGAGAUCAUCAUCAACAUUCUGAAAAGACUUCCCGUAAAAUCCCUAAUCCGAUUUCAAUGUGUCUGCAAAAACUGGAAAAGUCUCUUGAAGGAUGCCUUGUUCAUUGCAGAUCACCUCCACCACUCUAGUCAUCGACCUUCUCUUCUCCUUCCACGAUGCUAUAACUACAGAAGGCAAUUGCACUUAUAUUCAUUCAAUUGCGACUAUCGAUUCUGUAAAUUUGAUACCUCAUCUUUAAUCGAUUACCUGUCGAGUUUAACAACUAAUGUUGAUCCGUAUCUUUUUCGUAUUGCCGGUUCCAGCAACGGCUUGCUCUGCGUAUUAAUCCUCGAUUAUUCUCUGUCUCCUCAUAAGCUUCUAGUGUGGAAUCCAGCUACUAAGGAGGUGAGAGAGGUACCCACCAGAACUCUUGAUUUUAAGAGUCCCGAUCGGUUCUCUAUAGGAUUUGGGUUCAGUACGAUUGCUAAUGAUUACAAGAUAGUUAAUAUUUCCGUUUCCAACAAAAAUCGGGAUUACCGAGGUCAUGUAGAUAGAGCGGAAGUGUAUUCCUUAGGCACGGGGUUGUGGAAAGAAGUAGAAUUUGGGAGCUUAUUAGAGGGAACGCGUCUGUAUUGUGGUAGUUCCACCGGUGAUGGAAUCGUUUUUUGGGUUGGGCAGAAGCAAAGUGAUGGGAGUUUGAUGAUAGUCUCAUUUGACUUAACAAUGGAAGAGUUUAGAUUCAUACCAAUGCCUCCUCUGGAGCCUAUGUUAACUACUAUUCCUACCUUUUAUGAGAACAAACCAGCUAUUAUUUCUUACCAUAAGAGGGGAACCUCUGAAUCUGGUGUCAUUCAUUUGUGGGACAGAACGAGACACGAGACAGAGAAGCAAGAGGCUGACAGGGAGACCGUGGUGGUUGAGAGGUUGAAGGAGUUGUGUUUUCUCACAUGCAAGCUUGGUUUUAGAGAGAGGUUGUUGGCUGAAUGUUUUGAGCAUGAUUCUCAAAUCUCAAAAUUUCCAGAUUAUUAUAUGAGGCCAUACGAAGCUUGA